AUGGCGAGUGCAACGCUUAUUGCUCUCUUCCUUCUUUCAGCCCUAACCUUCUACGCUCCUUCAACCACCGCUAAACUUGUCAAGGACUGGAGUGGUGACACCGUUAGUGGCACAUUCUAUAUAUUGCCGUCACUAUUAGGAGCCCCCGGAGGUGGAAUUCGACGAUUUCCAACAGGCAGAUAUAGGUCUGUAGGUGAAGAAGUGUCGAUUAGCUUCGACUAUACUCCUGCAGGAACCUCUCUAUUCUGGACCGCCGUUGAGGGUUUUCCUGAAGGGACCCUCGUUAAAAUUGGUGGUUAUUACCCAAAGCCAAUCACCGGUUCUUUCUAUAUCAGAAAAUCUAUAUUUGGAUUCGAAAACUCCUAUAAUCUUUUGUUCUGCAGAAGCCUCAUAGGCGUCAUCCCGGCUUGCGGAAAUGUUACUAUUAUUGAGAAUGAUAAGAACUUUCCUUUGGCUGUCACUAAGGAAAAUCCAUACGAGUUUCGUCUUGAGCAAUAUCUGCCAACAUCUGCUGAUGCUUGA